AUGCUCGCGAGCUUGCUCCAUAAACUAUCCAUCGAUCUCUCCUCUCCUGCGCCUAUACCAGUCCUGGAGCUCGGUGCCGGUACUGGUCUUGUCGGUCUGACUGCAGCAGCUCUGUGGAAAUCACCAGUGGUCCUCACAGACCUCCCAUCAAUUGUGCCUGGACUGGCUGGUAAUAUCAAACUCAACGCGGCCACAGUGAAGGGCCUCGUUGAAUGUGGCUCCCUGGACUGGAGUAACCCAGAGACUCUGGCCCUCCAAGACGGUACAUUGUACUACGCGGAUAAGGAUAAAUCCCGCGUAAUUCUCGCCGCAGACACGAUAUACUCAGAGGAGCAUCCUGAACUGCUCUCUCAAGCCAUACUCCGCUGGCUUGCACCGGGGCCCUCGUCUCGUGUCAUUUUGACAUACCCUAUGCGUGUGGCUUACCUGGAUCAAAUUCGGGAGUUGUGGCGGCUUCUGGAAAAGGGAGGUCUAGAACCGCUCCACGAAGGUCGCGAGCAAGCUGACCUUGACCUCUGGGACGAUGAAGGUCUUUGCGAGUGGAGUGUAUGGAGAUGGCAGCGGAACUCCACUCGCAUUGAGCAGAGUCACACCAAAACAUGA